AUGGCAACACAGCGUCCCAUCUGGAAGCUCAUGCAAGAGGUGCCGCAGGAGAUCUUCGACAAGAUAUACGGCCUUACCUUCUCGACCGACUCCUUCCCAACGACCCACAACAUAACCUCUUCAACACGUCCUCCAGCGAUCAUGCAAGUCGACCGUGCUUCCCGCACUACCAUUCAAGCAGCAUACUACUCUGCAUCUUUCAUCUUGCGCGAUCACUUCCAGUGUCGUCGCUGGAUCGAUACACUCUCUGCCUACCAGAAAUCCCUCAUUCUUGGGAUUCAGUACUCUUACCAUCCCGACCAAGAUCCGAUACAUGUACUUCCUCCAUACUCUUCAUACUUUCCAUUUGCCCGAUUGACAUUACUCACAAGAACAAUCACCAUUCGCAGCGGUAGAAGACCUCGAUCAGCAAGAAUCAUGGCAACACAGCGUCCCAUCUGGAAGCUCAUGCAAGAGGUGCCGCAGGAGAUCUUCGACAAGAUAUACGGCCUUACCUUCUCGACCGACUCCUUCCCAACGACCCACAACAUAACCUCUUCAACACGUCCUCCAGCGAUCAUGCAAGUCGACCGUGCUUCCCGCACUACCAUUCAAGCAGCAUACUACUCUGCAUCUUUCAUCUUGCGCGAUCACUUCCAGUGUCGUCGCUGGAUCGAUACACUCUCUGCCUACCAGAAAUCCCUCAUUCUUGGGAUUCAGUACUCUUACCAUCCCGACCAAGAUCCGAUACAGAACCCCCUAAAUGAAAUGCUGAGCCGAUUGUAUCCAUUGCCAAUGUGGCAAUAUAUUGAGACUUGGGAGUUCGAGAUCGUUACCGCGAAAUGCGUUCAGGAGCGAAUCUGGUGCGAUGGUUGGAAGUGGACUCUUACGUGGAGGUUUAUGAAUACACUUGAUCCUUGGACUCGGAGACUUAGGGACUGCGAAAUGGCUGAGCAUUUAAAGCAGAUUCAUACAUCGAUUACGCACACUUAUAGACUUGAAACUUGGACUCGGAGACUUGGGGACUACGACAUAGCUAUUGAAAGCAGAUUCAUACAUCAAUCACGUACUUAUAGACUUGAAACUGAGAAUUUGAAGGAGAUUUAA